AUGUCAGGGGUGUGGGUGUUCAAGAACAACGGAGUAAUACGUCUGGUGGAGAACCCCGGCGAAACGGCGGAAGGCGGCGGCCAGCAGAGCAGCAGCAGGAGGAAGGUGCUGGUGCACCUGCCGAGCGGGCAGGCCGUCACCUCCUACGCGUCGCUGGAGCGCAUCUUGUUCGGUUUGGGUUGGGAGAGGUACUACGGCGGCGACCCGGACCUCCUGCAGUUCCACAAGAGGUCUUCCAUCGACCUCAUCUCCCUGCCACGUGACUUCCACAGGUUCAACUCCGUCUACAUGUACGACAUCGUCGUCAAGAACCCUAACCUCUUCCACGUCCGCGACAUCCACUAA